AUGCCACACACCAAAAACACCCGUUUCAGUGUUGCUGAUUUUAUGAAGAAGAGAAAGGAAGCAAGGCAAAAGGCAGUGGAGGAAUGUAGAGUGUUAAAAGCAGAGCUGUAUAGAAAUAAGAGGAAAAUUGACAGACUAGAAACAAAGGUUAGCGGAAAUUAGUAAGAUUAAACUUACAGUACUGUCAUAAGUGACACUGUGAACAUACAUGUGGUUAUUGAUAAACAAUUUCUAAUUUGUCAUUUCCUGCAGAUGAGAAAUAUUAAACCUGACACUUUUUUAAUGUAUUGAUUGAGUUUUUCUUCUUUUAUCAAAGGUCAGUGAUUCAAGGAUAGCAUUGGCAGAUAUAACUAACGGCACUCCAAAUAAUCAGGUGAGUAGCAACCCCCAAAAUAUUUUUUCAGCAACCAUUUUUUUAAGGGUGAUGGAUAAUAUUCAUUACCCCCUUUAUCUUUGAGGUGCUGAAAAAAUAAUAAAUAAUAAUUUUUUGCCUUUGCAGUUACAAUUGGGGAACACUGAUACCAGUGCACGAACAAGACCCCCAACUAUUUUGGUGGAUGGGAAAUCAAAUAUGCCACCAAGAACAGCUGCGAAAAGACGACAUGAAACACUGACACAUGCUUCUGCAAUCCAUGGCGGAUCUAAAAAUAACCCAGGUCCAGCCUUUGAUGGGAUGUUUGACACACUAGCUAAACGAUGUAAAGUAGAUAAAAUGAAAGAUUAUGUUCUGGGUCAGAAAACAUUAAAAGAGAAAGUAGCCUCAGCUAUGUUUAAAAAAAACGUGAAAGCUUUUGAAAGCUCUGCAGAAAAUGCAAAAAGAAGCAUUGCAGUUUUCUAUAGUAGUGGUGUAAUGGGAAAGCGAAAAUAUAAAUCUGUUCGAAUUUCAUUAUCAAUGAAGUCAAAUGAAACUACAAAGGGAAGAUCAGCUAUAAGUGUUAUGCCAAAGUGCCCAAUUCCAAAAUUAUUGCCAUAUGACAAGCUUGUGAAAGAAAUAAACGAAAUUGAGAUUGGAAAUGUGUACAGGUUCGAUGAAGAGUUUCCAGGGGCAAUCGGAGAUGAACUUACUCAAGGUUGUUUUCGAAAGUUAGUUGAGUACUUGCCACGCCUGGCAAAAUUCUACCUCAGAAAAGAUAGAAAGGAAGCCCUUCUGUGGUUUGGCAAAACUGAAGGCACUUUUUUAAUUGCUGUGGGUGGGGAUGGUUGCCCAUUCGGAAAGAAUGAGUCAGCUUGUUCUUUUUUGUUAAGUUUCAUGAAUGUAGGUAAACGAGUUGCAUCGAGCAAUGACAACUUUAUUAUUUUUGGUGGAAAUUGUGAGGAAACAUCACUUGUUGUGCGUAAGUAUUGUCAGUUCUUGUGCAAAGAAAUUUGUGAGAUAGAAAACAAAGUCUUUGAAAUUGAGGGCCUUCAUGUUACAUUCAAAUGUGCCGAGUUACCUAAUGACAUGAAAAUGUUGGCCAUGUUAGGUGGUGAACUAUCUAACAGUGCAAAAUAUUUCUCGUCCUUUGCAAAUGUGUCAAAAGACAACUGCACAGACCUGAAGGGGACAUUUGCAACUGAUAGCACAAGCUUAUGGCAUCCAUGGAAAUAUGAGGACAGAAUUAAAAUUGCAAAUGAGGUUGAGAAAUUUAAAAAAACCUUGUCUGAGAAACAGCUAAAGGAAAAGCAAUUUCGUAGCAAAGUCACUGAAUUUAUAGCGCGUAAAAAAAGUAGACAAGAGUUUGUUCCCUUAAUUGGCAAAUUGAUUGACCAUGCCCACGUGGAACCUUUACAUGUUAAGAACAACGCAUGGCAAUAUUUCUUCAAAGAAGUGUUAAAAGAGGCACUUGCAAAAUCAAAUAUUGCAGACAGCUGCAAAAAGUUCUCAGACAUCCCCAAUGACAGCAUAAUCUCAAGGGUUGUGACUGCACUACAGUUUGAGGUGAAAGCCAAAUGUUUGGCAAGGAAAGUAAAAAACUGGUUUGAUGAGACACAAGGAAAGGGUAAAGAUCUCCAGUACAGAUUCACUGGGAAAGAUUCGAGGCUACUUUGCCACAAUUUUAUGAGACUAAUUAGAUGGCUUAGUGGAGAAAAUGAUUCUGAGCAUCAAAGAACAACAUUAUUAGUUCUUGCAUAUCUUGGACUGAGACUAAGGGAUUGUGUUUCACUAUUCAGCAGGUUUGAGAUUUCAGUAGAACAGCUCACUCAAUUAAGUGUUGCUGCUUGUGAAUAUUACCGGGUAAAUGCUUUGUUCCUGUCUUCUUCCGUAAAUCCAACCGUGUGGACUAUUGGACACAUUAUUCCUGCCCACACAAAAGAUGUACAUGAGAAAUAUGGGCAAGGCCUUGGGAUUGUAACUAUGGAAGGGAGGGAGGCUAAGCACAUUGCUUUAAAAAAACUCAGUGAGAAUACUUUCUUUCACAGACGCUGGUAUGAGAUAUUUAAGCAUGAGUUUGUAAUGCUGGUAUGGCUUCCUGAACAAGGGUUUGAUCUUAGUACAUAUAAGCACAAUGGUAUAUACAUACCAAACAGGGUUUUCUCUGACACAAGGUUCUGUUAUUGCAACCUAGAAAAAACUGAUGCCAGUGAUGAAAAAUGUUCAUUCUGUGGAGAUCCAAUUAUGGCACUCAUCCAACAGAGUGUUGAGCAGGGGAAACUUUUGCCCCAAAUUGCCCAUCAAGUAUCUGCG